UAACCAAUCAUCGGCCGGCAUACUCAGCUCAGUGGACGGAUAGACCAAUCAGCGCGCUGCUCACACAAAAGUCGGCUCUUCAACUUCCUAGCGGGAAGCUGCUGCAGGGACCUGCUCAGGCAGCAAGAAUCAAUGAUAGAAACAACAACUAAUCAAAGGAAGAUGAGACUGUCCCGAGCUGAAUAUAAAGAGAUAGUGAGAUGGACUGAACAGCUGAGACCUACACGGCAGUGUAUGAAGAUGCUAAAGGAAAGAUUUCCAAAUCACUCGCAGUCCACUCUUCUGAGCAUCUUCUCCCUGGAGUACCAGAAACGAACCAAAAGAACAAUCUCCAGACACCAUGCACCAGAUGUUAUUGAAAGCCACUACCAAAGGUACCUGAGUAAAGCUGAGGCACAGCCCACUGCUCCUGUUCUGCUGGAGUUGGCCAAUGAGGUGGAUCUGUCUCCUGCAUUGAUGGCUCGUAUCAUCCUGGAUAGGUACCUCCAGGACCUGGAGGGGGGAAUGCCUUCCAAAUCAGUCCUCAACAGCAUGCUCAAGGAGCCGACGCUAAUUCCAGACCAAAUUCUGGCCAAAAACAUCUACCAAUGCACAAUAAAUGACUGCUGUUAUGGACCGCUGGUAGACUGCAUCAAACACGCUAUUGGCCAAGAGCAUGAGGUGCUGCUCUGUGACAAACUGAAGGAGAAGAACCUUUCCUUUCUAGAUGAAAACCAACUGAGAACUAUGGGCUACGACAAAACGCCUGAUAUCAUCCUGGAGGUUCCCAUUGCUGUGGAGGGACACAUUGUGCACUGGAUUGAGAGCAAAGCUUCAUUCGGCGAUGACCACAGCCAUCGCACUUAUCUCAAUGAGCAGUUCUGGAGCUACUGGAACAGGUUUGGUCCAGGCCUUGUGAUCUACUGGUACGGUUUCAUAGGAGAGCUCGACUGCCAGAGAGACAGAGGUAUCCUGCUCAAAGACUGCUUCCCGACAGACAUUGUCACCCUGUGCCACGCCGCCCAGCAGGACAAACUGCAGCAAGAGCCAGAAUAAAGACAAAGAGUGCGAAGAGAUGAGGAGCGGAGCAGAAAAAAAUGAAAGAUGGAGGGAUGAAUGGAAGGAAAGAGGAGGCAGGAAAGAUAGGAACUCGGGUGGAUACUGAGAUCCGGAAGCAAUUAUGCUUUCCUGCAGUGUGAGACUCUGCCCUGAACUCCACCUGACCCCUCCGUCUCUGUCUGUCUUACCCUGUCUUCCUCCCUCCCUCCCUCUCUUCCACUGCCCCAAAGCUACCACAUGUAAACACACACCACCGUUCUGUAUAUCUGACAGCGCAGGGUCAGAUUCAUACCUGAGUGCGAAAACACCGUCUUGGAGGCUUUUCCUGGUUGUGUUGGAGCUCCUGGCCCUUGGAUGGCCUCUCGGGUUGAGAGCCGGGGCCAAAGCGGGACAUAUGGCCCUUCCUUAUCACACCCAAAGCCCUGGCCUUUGUCACUCCUUCCUCACUCCUUCCUCCUCUGCUCCAUCGGCAGAUAAGAGAGGUGCGGUCCGGGGGCUGGGUGGACGCCUGACUCUCACCUGCGUCACUCGGUGCCCUCUCAGUCACUCCACUGGGGGGUAAACAGGAUCAUUUCUGAUUAAAGCCGCUCUCACGCUGACCUUUUUCACAUUGCAUUGUCAGAUCUGUUGAGGAUCGAGGUUGAAGCCGGGGUCACACCAUACCUAAAUAUCAUCACAGGAGGAUUGUCAAUAUUUUCUGUCUGCUUUUACUGUCUACCAUUAACCUUAAGUGCCAACAAGUUUGAUGAUAUUACACAACAGGUGUCUCCUCUGACUUUCAUGGUGUUGAAUAAAGGUAUGGUUAAAUAAUGUUCAGCCUCAAUGAGCCAAGUAUUCGGCCAUUAAUGGUUUGUCAUGACAUUUACAAAACUUUGGAAUGUAACAUAAAAGGACACAAACUGAAUAUCUUUUGGCAUCUCUUAGCAAGACAUUAGGAGCUCAAUUUGGGAUUCUGGAAACAUUUUUUUAGACCAGACAACUAAUCCAUUAGUCAGGAACAAAAUUGACAGUGAAAUCAACAAUGAAAAUAAUCAUACACGCUGAUCAUAGUUUACAAAGUUCGUACUGAAUGUGUGUUAUAAGCUGUGUAAGCUUACUUUCGCUCAACUGGCGAGUCCAGUGGCCUCAAGGUACAGUGUUUAUAUGUUUAUAUUUCACCUCAGUGUGUGUUAAGGAAAAAAAAAACAUUCAGUCCUUGUCAUGUUCUGUCCCACAUUUUAUGCUGUGGUCAUUUCACUGUGUACUUCUUUGUGCGUGUUUAUCAUUAAUAAAUAAGUUUUGAGAAAUGA